AAUCAAAUAUUUUUAUAGAGAAUUGAACGUUCUACAAAAAAGCUCUGAUAUCAUUUUUCGAUUACUCAACUCAUUCAAAAGUUAUUCAAGGUCAAAGUUAAAUUUAUUAUCAAUUUAGCCAUUUUCUUCAUAAUCCGCCGAAAUUAAUUUUUUCUGAUUUUUGUAACUAAUGAACUGUACAUUGCUCUGCAAUUUCAAUCAAAUAUUUCUGUAGAGAAUUGAACGCUCUACAAAAAAGCUUUGAUAUCAUUUUUCGAUUACUCAACUCAUUCGAAAGUUAUUCAAUGUCAAAGUUAAAUUCAUUAUCAAUUUAGCUGUUUUUCUGAAUGAUUUGGCAAAAAUAUUGUUUUUCGAAAAAAUGUUCUCCAAAUAUUUUUUAAAAUACUAAUUAGACUUCUGAGGAUUGUUAACCAAUAUUUUUCGCUGUAUGAUAAAGAUGGACGAAGUACUUAAAACAAUUUAUCAAUGACAGUUAGCUCUAUAGAUAUUGGUAAUCAGUUAUUUUAAAAUUGUCAUUUCAAAAUCGAUAAUCAAAUGGCGCUGAGUGUAAAUGUCAUCAUUUCAUUAGAUUAAUUGAUUGUUUUGACAUUUCUAUUUAAUAGACGUCUUGUUUACAUAAGUUGUGGAAACUCGUAAGCAAUUAGUGAAUAUUAAUAAUUUUCAAGUUUAAAUUUUCUUUGUGAAUUAUAUGAUAACAUUGAAAAUGAAUAAAUUGAUCAAUAUUAUUGGUGAUCCAGUGGAGGAUUUUAUUGGACGUAAACUUCCCUUAAUAGAAGAGGUUAUUGCGGUAUUUUUUUAUCAUAAAAAUAUUCUCAAAAUAAAUUAUAGAGGAAGUUCUCAAAAAACAAUCGAUAAACUCGAAAAAAGUGGUCUGAGGCUGACAUCCCAUUGUGUGGGAAAAAAUAUGCGUUAAAAAAAUUUUAAACAAUAUUAGAAGAAGACAAAAAAUUACAAAAGUCUUCUCAACGAAAACGGUCUGCAAUACAGAAAAAAAAAUGAAGCAAUUUUCCAUCAAAAAAUAGCAAAUUUAUUCGACAUUGCCAAAGUAAAUGUCGAAAAAUAUCUCACUGAUGAUAAAAAGUUGUUCUUAUCAGGUCAGCGAUCAAAAAGUAGAUUCGGUUUGAUUGAUAUUGUUCAAUUGAGCUCAGCGGAAAAUACUGAAGAUGCUAUGGACGUAGAGCCUGUUGUUACAAACGAACCUGACGCUAAUGUGGCUCUAGCAAGUCAAAAAUCUUCAUUAUUUCAAUCUAACUUAUCAGCAACAACAUUGAGUCAUACAUCUACUGAUGUAUCUGAUUUUGAAAGUCAGUUUAGCCAACCGAAACAAACUCCAAAAUUGAAUGUAAUGACACGUGAACUCUGUGCUGCACUUGAUCGAUCACAAGUGACUCACAGGAAUGCCAUUUUUAUUUUAUCUGCUGCGUACAAAAGUGUGGGAAUCAAUCUGUCAACUCUUAAUCUGAGUUACAGUACAAUUUAUCGAACGCGAAUUAAAUUUAGGUCAGAUAUUGCUAAGGAUCUGAAAUCUGAAUUUCACAAAGACGACCGUUAUGUAGUGCAUUGGGACGAGAAAAUUCUCAGUGAUAUCGCAAGCACGAAAACUGUGGACCGUAUUGCAGUUCUUUUAUCAGUUUCUGGGGUUGAUCAACUUCUCGGAGUUCCAAAAGCUGACGACGAAACUGCUCUUAAACAAGCUUCUGCUGUUAUUGACCCUUUGAAUCAGUGGGAAGUUGCUCCAUAUGUGAAAACAAUGUGUUUUGAUACGCCACCUGUAAAUACUGGUAUUUACAAAGGAACUUGUGUUUUAAUCGAAAAAGAACUUGGCAGAAAAUUAGUAUGGCUUCCAUGUCGCCAUCACAUAAUGGAGAUUAUUUUGAGAGGAGUUUUUGAAGUUCUUUGGAAGACGACAUCGGGUCCUUACGUUCCAAUAUUUGUUAAAUUAAAAAAAUUCUGGGACAAAGUUGAUCAAUCCAAUUAUAAAAGUGGAAUUGAGGAUGAACUGUAGCGAAUACUUUAAUAGAAAAAAAAAGCUGAAAUUGUUACUUUCAUUAACAACUGCCUACAGAUGUCACAACCUCGAGAUGAUUAUCGAGAACUUUUACUCCUAUGUUUAGUGUUCCUUGAUAGUUCUUAUGAGAAAUUAUUUUUUUUUAAACGACCUGGUGCCAUGCACCAUGCGCGAUGGAUGUCUAAGGCUAUUUACAGCUUGAAAAUAUUUUUAUUUCGUGAUCAGUUUAAACUUUCAGAUCAAGAAAAGAAAAAUUUACGCAGAAUUUGUAUUUUUGUAAUUUUAAUUUAUAUCAAAGUAUGGUAUAAUUCAACUUCUGCUAUCCAAGCACCAAACAAUGACUUAGAAUUUAUGAAGAAUUUGAUUCAUUCUAAAAAAAUUAAUUCGCCACUGUUACAACGAGCUUGUCAGAAAAUGAUGGAACACUUGUGGUAUUUAAAUAAAGAAUUUACCACAAUCUCAUUAUUUGACGACAAUGUAUCUGUUGAUGUGAAAAAAAAAUUGUUGCGGCAAUUCAAAAUCGGUAAAGUUCUACACCAAUGCGUCAAAGGUAUGAGAUUAUGGAGCAAGAUCUUGAAUCUUUAUUGGAAAAAGAUUUGAGUGAUUUUGUCUCCAAAAAUUCGCUAGAACUAUUCCAAAAAUUCGAUUUGCCAUGCGAUUUUUUGGAGGAUGAUAUUUCAACAUGGUGCAGAAAUGAUUCAUAUAAGGAAUGUUCAGAAUAUUUCAAUACGUUAAAAGUCACUAAUGAUGUAGCUGAACGAGGUGUUGCUUUGAUUGAGGAAUACAACAAUUACCUCACAAAAGAUAUAUGUUAAAUAAAUUCACUUGUCUGUUGGUCUGAAUUAAGAAAACGCAAAAACACGAAUAACUCUUCAGGCAAUGAAUAAAAUUUAACUUAUUUUUAUGUGCAAUCUAUUUAAAAAUGAUUUUUCAAUAAAAUUACUGCAAUCUUC